CCUGGAGGCCUCCUGAAGUCAUCGGGGAUGAGCUCUUCUGCCCCCUGGCCUCAUCCAGCCUGCUGAGGAACACAGUGGAGCUUGUUGUGGACUGCAAGAGACCCCAGACCAUUCUUGGCCCCCUCUCGAAUGCAGGACUGGGUGUUUCACACACUUGUUUGCAUUUCAGACUUGCUCCAGUUUGGGGGGGGGGGGGGGUUCGGAUUUCCUUGCUCUACGUUCUGUGUGUGCAAUGAGAAGCCUUGUAUUGGCAACAGCAGAGUGUGCUGGAGGGUUUUGAAGCAUUCCGGUAUUUGGCCCUGGGUCGGCCUGGUCCUUCUGCUCUCCUGGGGCUGGAACCUCCAGGGCAGAGGGGGAGGUUAAGGGGUGUGGAGGUCCCAGUCCAGGGACCAAAACUUGACCAGAAUUCUUGCUAACCCUUUGCCAUCGAGUAUGAGAGAGAGAGGGGGGGUGAAACGCCCGUCUCCUGAGGUGAGUAGACUGGAGAAGGAGAAGCCAUCAAGGGCCCACGUGUGGUUAAGUCCAGGUUUUCCACAGGAGCCGCCCUGAGGAGGCCCAUUGUUCUCCUCCUCCUCCUCCUCUUCCUCUUCCUCCUGGCAGGGAGCAGGUUAGCUUCUCUUUCUGAUGCAACCUUUCAUCUUCUUUAAUUAGCUGCAAUCAGAACUGGAAUUUUGACUGUUAAUGGCUAGGCCUAAUUAAGCAGAUUGCAAUUCCCUCUCCCCCACCCCUUGUUUUCAAGUGGGACAGAGAGAGUGACGGGCCCAGAGAUACCCAGCUGGCGUCUUACCUAAAGUGAGACUAGAACUCAGGGCCUCCAGUUUCUAGCCCGAUGCUUUAACCACCAUGCCAGGCUGGCUCUGUGGCCCUGCCUCUCGUGGCAGCACCUGCCACUCUUAGCCGGAGAUCAGCUGCUACGCAGGAGGGCCGGCUGUGGGUGUCUCCUUCCCCAAAGCAGCCAGGGGAGGUCAGCAGGCUCCAGGGGCUGUCGGCCUGCGCAUCGGCAGGCAAGAUACACCAGUGGAGGGCUAACGUAAGCCGGCCACGGUGGGAAAGGCUGGCAUACGGCAAGUUAGUAGGAGACGUGGAACAAAGAGAGUCCUUUGCCGUUCUGGCAAAUCAUGCUAAGCCGGAAGUGGGCCCUAGAUGCCUUGCCUGGAGAGUGGGUGCCUGGGGGUGGGUGGGGCGCAAUUCUGCCCUGUGGUGGGUGUGUGCACGAGGGUCCCAUCUGCACGGGCAGCUCUAGAAAGACGUGAGCCUCUGCCUCUUAAGGUGACCUGCGCCCGGCUCCUGUGAGUCAGGCAAAGGGCAGCCCCGCCUGCGGGAGCUUCUCUUGCUUUACAUGAUCGAUUCCCCCAAGCUCUCCACUGCCAACCGCCCGGCACUCCCGAAGCCCCCCAGCGCCUGCCUGCCUCUUUUGCUCACGGGGUCUUUGGCACCAUGCUGGGAGCAGCGGGCUGCCAUCUUCUCCCAGGCCUGCUGGAGUCCCAGUCUCCUCCGUACGCAGCUUCUCCCUUCUUUACUGGCCCUGUUGCCUGCUGAAGACCUUGGUUGGAUGUCGCAGCGGGUGUGUGUGUGUGUGUGUGUGUGUGCCAUUUUUGCUCCCAAGCAAGGUCACCGAAUGGAGGUAUUUCUCUCUGCAGGACCCCCUUGGUCUUCUCCCAGGGUCGUGCCAGGUCGCUGGCUGAGCGUGACCUUCUUUCCGGAAGGACUGUGGAAAAGAGGGUCUCCGUGCCCCUGCCUGCUGCUUUGCCUGCCCCCGUUGAGUCCCUGCCCCCCCCCCGGCUCCUUGGGGCUCUUUGGCCCUGCUUAGCUCCCCCCCCCCGACCUCUCCUACCUUCACAGCCAGCUGACUCAAACAAAGAAGAAAGGGUCUCUUCUCCUCCCUCCCUCCCUCCCUCCCAGCUUCCUUCGCCUCUUUCCUGGUGAAAACGUCACGGCUUGUCUGGCUAUAGAUGGUGCUGUGGAGCCCUGGAGAACCCUUUCAGUCCAUGCCCAGGCGAGAGAAAGGAGGAGGAGGAGGAGAGUCGGAGCAGGGGAGGGGGUUUCUGGGGGUCCCUCUGCCUGCAGAGAUGUGUGAGCAUCGCAGGGGCAAAUUCUGCCUCCAGGUCAUGGGGACUCCCUUGUGCUUCCCUUAAGGAGGAGAGGUUUAUUUUUCUCCCCCUCCCCAAUAAUCAGAUCCCCAGUCCUCUGCAAAGACCCGCUCUGGUUUUCUCCUGCCCCCCCCCUCCCAGCACACCCUCUUCCCCCCUUCCCUUUCCCUCUUCUGGACAGCUGCAUUGAGGAAUGAUGAAAAAAACCAAUCCGGCCAAACGGGUGAGUCUCUUCUGCUUUCUGGGCAGAUCCCCUGCGCCCCCCUCCCCCCCCCGGGCCUUUUCCUGCCGUUGUUAUUGUCCACUUUCUCUGCUUGGUCUGUGGGCGACGGGGGGGGGGCCUCAGGGUGAGCCAGUCUUGUUCCAACUUUCCUUCCAUCCCUCCGUUCCCCCCACCCCAAAACCCGCCUGGCUCUCCUUUCUGAUCCUUCAGCCUUUCAAGCGAUGCCAUCCCCAAAUGGAGGUCUCCAUUAUUCUAGCUCUGUUUGCAUUCGUUUAGAAACGUGUCUCUGUGCAUUUGGGUGGGUUUCCUUUUUCCUCCCCCCCCCCCUGGAUGAAGAGAGAGGGGUUAGGAAUGUAGAGAGGGGGAAAUUGGAAAGUGUUUGCCUCGCGAAGCCUAGAGAGGAUUUCAGUCUGAAUUUCGGAGAGAGAAGGGCUCCAUCGUCGCAAUUGUUAAAUGCCGAUUGGGCCAAGAGCAGAUGGAUUCCAGCCUUCCUCCUCCUAUAAAGCAGGUGGCGGCAGCAGCAGCAGCAGCAUCGUUUCGCUUCUAUUUAUUUAUUUGCCUGACAUCAUUUUGUCUCCUUUGUAAUUGUGUAAUGGCGUUUUGUUUCGUUUUAAACCAAGGGACUUUGCCAGGCUGCUCUGCGUGUUCCCAGCCGUCCCAGGGGGUCCAGGAGGGGAGCCAGCAACCGCUGCAGCCUGAGAAGGUGGGCUGGGUCCGAAAAUUCUGUGGGAAAGGCAUUUUUCGGGAGAUUUGGAAAAAUCGGUUUGUGGUGCUGAAGGGUGACCAACUUUACAUCUCGGAGAAGGAGCUCCGAGAUGAGAAAAACAUCCAGGAGGCCUUUGACUUGAACGAUUACGAGAAGUGUGAGGAGCUCAGGAAGUCCAAAAGCAGAAGCAAAAAAAACUAUAGCAAGUUCUCCCUCGCCCACUCCAAGGAGCCUGGCAACACAGCACCCAAUCUCGUCUUCCUGGCCGUGAGCCCCGAAGAAAAGGAGUCUUGGAUCAAUGUGCUCAAUUCUGCCAUAAUCCGGGCCAAAAACCGCAUCUUGGAUGAGGUGACAGUGGAGGAGGAGAGCUUUCUCGCCCAUCCCACUCGGAACAGAGCCAAGAUCCAGCACUCCAGGCGGCCUCCGACCAGAGGCCACUUGAUGGCCGUGGCAUCUACCUCAACCUCUGACGGGAUGCUGACCCUGGACCUAAUCCAGGAGGAGGAGGCCUCCCCAGAAGACCCCUGUGAGAAGAGUCUCCGGGUGGACCUGGACAAAUCGGCCGCCCAUUUCUCCCCCGGCCGAAGGCGCUCCAGCGAUUCAGAGGACGCCAAGGACUCGGAGAAGGCAAGCAGCCUCCCGCGGAGGAAGAACCUGUCGGGGGAGAAGGCCCCCGCCCACAGGGAGGCCCUUGGCAGAGGGACCAUGUACACCCCUCAGGUCCCCAAGAAGCUCUCUCACCUGGAGAAGAACAAAUGCGCCUCCAUGGAGGAAAUCCUCUCCUGCUGGGACUCCCCCUCAGCCGGCCAGCCAGCGCUGAGGACUGGCCUCAAGGACCCAGCGGCUUCCCCUGAGCCGGAGCAGCUGGCCAGGAUACAGGCGCUGGUGGCGCUGCAGCUGGAGAAGACGCAGGGCCUGCUGACGGAAGCCAGGGGCUACGGGGGAGAGGGGCUGCGGAAGGCGCAGGAGCUCGGCUCUGCCUGUGCCCCCUCCUCGCCCAAGCUGGACUCGGCGGCCACCUUGCAGGAGAUCCAGAGGCUGCUGGGCGAGGCCUCCUCCAGCUGGAGCCAAGCCCAGAAAGUGCUGCAGGAGGUGAGAGAACUGAGGAGCCUCUACCAACAGCUGCGGCUCUCCAGACCUGCUCCCCCACAGAGCCUGCUGCUGCCUCAGUACAGGAAGAGCCUGAUGUGAAGGCCCGCGGUGGGGCGAUCUCUAGGGAGGACAGGGCAGGGGCAGCUGGGAGGGUGCAGAGGUUGGGGAUGUGGAAUUGGUAGCAUUUCAUGCUCCCCGGGUGUCCCUCGAUCCUCACUCCUCACCAACUCAGCUUUCCCCCCCUUCCACCACAGCUACAUGUGUCCCCCGCUCCUCUCCUCCAACCGCGAGGGGCCCCGUUUCAACAUAUCUUCCGUCUCUGCAGCCCCCAGAAGGCAGCAACUUACAGGCGGCGUCUUGGAACGUAAUUUUUCAGAGACAGCCUGGUUCUCUUUUGGCCCAAGGGAGACCUCUGCUUUCCUUCUGCACAGACGGGUGCGCCACCCUCCCAAAUGCCAGGAGAGGGGGGGGUUGCACCUCAGGCGCCAGGGGGCGUGGCCUCCUCGGCAGGGUCCCUCCCGGGUCCCCUGUGACCGCUCUGCCGUUGGGUGGGGCCAUUUCCCUGCUUGGGUCCCAUGUUCCGCUGGAAAGGCACCUUCGCCGCCUGAAACUAUGCAGGAGACUCUUUUCCAAACUCGAUGCCGUCCCAGAAGCCCCCCGGGACCAAAGAAGCGCUGGCCCAGUUUUGCUGAGCUCCAGACUGAGGUCCCUGACUGGAACCGGGGAAGCAGCUUCUGCCCUUCAUCCCAGGCGGUUCUGGUCCAUGGGCUUUCGGUACCUCGUAACAUCCUUCCACGUCCCUUUUUCCAAGUGGUUUUGCUCCCUCUCCCCCCAGUCCCUUUCCUCACCUUCCUCCUGGCCUCUGGACGCAGCUCACGGGCAGCAACGGGCACCACGUGCUUAGAAAGCAUCGUGUGGUUUUGCUUGCCGGCAGCACGCGUGAGGCCAGGUCAUCUUCAGGGGCCUCAUCCUUUCAGUGCAACAGGAGCAGAGCAGCCGGCAGCGUUCCCUGGCCACCCAUGCCAGCCCAUCGCUCCUUUGGCAGAAGGUUCCUGUAGCUCAGGACUGGCCCCACAUACUCUGCUGCCUGUGUGAAAGUUCAGAGGGCAACUCGUCCCCUUGAGUUGAGUCUCAUCCCCGUUUUGGUGACAGGAGCAUGUCUUCUGUGGCAUCAGAAGAGAUCUCUCCAGUGCUCCGUAUAUCCCACUAGCCACCGCCUUGCCCCAUCGACUCCAUCAACCAGUAAACCCAGUCCUCUUUCGUUUCCUUUUCCCAUCACUGAUACUGGAGCACAGCGGACACUGUGUUGGGCACUCAAGAGGAAGCCUCUGCUGAACGUGGCCAUUACUCUCUGUUUACUUGCAAAAUUGUUCUCCUGUGGAGGAUUCAUUGGUGGUUGAAAGGGCUCUCUGGUUACACUCAGAGGCAUCGGUGCCCUCCUGCCCUCCCUGUCUUCAGAGGAACCACAGAGAGGAGGGUUGUGGUCCAUAGGAUUUCUCCAGCCAGCAAGAUCUCACAGUAGAAAGUGCUUCCCCACGAGAGAGUCACCCCUGCCCCCCCUUCUGUGGCCAUGACUCACUGCUUAAGACGGCAGAAGGUCCCCUUGUGAUGGCCUCUCUGGGGCCUCCGUCCUCCUCGUGCUGGCUCAGCCGAGAGUCAGGAAGGGAGGACUCGGCACAGGUUGCAACUCAGGUACCUUCCUAUCCUGGCAGACGGAUACCUCUCUGCUCAGCAGAACUCCUUGGCUACCCCACGGGUGGAACUGGCGAAGAAGAGUCCUCCCGUUCGUGAUGUUUCCGUGGGUGGCACUUUCUGCUCAGGCUUAAGAGAAAGUGAGGCCCAUGUGAGUCUUCCAGAAUCACCCCCCCCUCCCCGAGAGAGAGAGAGAGAGAGAGAGAGGGAGGACUGGAAACGGAUGCCCCACAACAGGACUUUCCAAUUGGCCUCAGGUGCCCCUCCCCCCCUUGCCCUUUUUAAGGGAAACGGAGAAAUUUAUUUGCCCUUCUCUUUUUUUUCCCCCAAACUUACGACGGCCUUUUAGGGUGGAAGUUACCUUGGUGUUCAUUUUACACCCCCUGAGUUUUCCUAGGGAGUAACCACAUUCAGAAGUCAGAUCCACAUCCUGAUUCUGUAGCGGGUGAAAGGUAGUUGCACAAAGUCAAGAUUAGCAUGUAGCUCAAUAAAAUUAAAAAGGGACAAGAAACUUGUACGCUGGUGAGGUUUAGGGCAAUAGAGAAACACAUGGAAACAAGUAAUUCGCCCCACUGAAGAGAAGUUUAUCCAUGCCCGCUCUGUUCCCUGGAAAGGGUGGAGAUGACAAAGGGCCGUAGCAAAACCCAUGAAAGUAAUCCUUGCAGCAUCUUUUUUCCUGAAAGAAAAACCAUUCCCGUGUACAAACCAAUUGUGAAGCUCUCACUAAUGCAUGUCGGCAUUUUUCAGGAGACGAGAGAGAAGAGAAACAACGGAAGCGCUGGGCGAGUUCCCUAUAGGAACUUUUGCUUAGAAUUGAUUGACUGAUUGGGCCGGCUGUUAUGCUGCUUCAGUCAAGCAAAAUCUAAGUAGCUUAAAAAGCUAAAAGACAACAGUCCAUUCAGAUGUUACAAAUACGUAGUUCAGACUAUAAGCUCAGAAGCGAUACAAGAGCGAAAUAUUGUUCAUCAGGGAACAGCGUGCAAAUGCAUAAAAACGAUAGUGAUAAAAAGCAGCGCUAACGAGGAGGCUGGAAGGAGUUUGUCUCUGCAAGGCGGAAUUUCACACGGGUGCCAGCAGCUGCUCUUUGCUGCCGCUUGUGGGAUAAUGUUUUUCGCAUGUUAGAGAUGAAGUUGGUAUAAUAGCAAUAUUUAUUUUAGAGUGUGUUUCCAUUGUUCCAAAGUAAACAACGCCAAGGGCUGCCUGUAGGUUUCGUCUUUUUGGGUUUUCUUAGGACUGCAUAUGGACACCACAGUUGUUGAUGUAUCUUUGUGUUGUAGGACACUCGGCGUAUUUCGUUCCCUUCAGAUUCGUAGGGUUGACAGUCUUCAUCCUUCUUGAAUUUCCAGGGCAGGGGAUCUGCUGCUCGUAACCAGGUGAGGCUCCCCGCUCAGGGUGGGAGCUCCCCUUCUCAUGCGCCAGGCCUGGCUCCCCCGCAGCUGCCGCCAUUGCUCUGGGCCAGGAGGUUGGGCCCAGGGGGCCCCAGGAGGAGCUCUGGAAAGAGGGAGAGUGCGCGGGAUGCGCUGGUUCCGUUUAGCCAGCCUGCCUGAAAGCCAUUUUCCACAAUCUUGAUUUGUUGUUUUAGUCAGGACAGGGUUUUCUCUAGAAACAGAGUUUGGUUCUUCAGGUCUGAGCUGACUUUUUAAAAGGUUUGGCUUCCUCCCUCCUCCUCCUCCUCCUCCUCCUCAGGGCUUCUCCCUCCCACACACAUAGAUUAGCUGACCCUCAGUACGGAGUGACACUCUCUUCCCUUUGCUGCACCCCCUCACCCAGUUUCAGAGAAUUCGGGGCUAGGAUUGAACAGGUUUUGUGCGUCGAUUCUCAAAGCCCCAAAAUUUAUUUCUGGCCCAUCUGAAGUGCAGAUAUCUGGAGCCGCUAGACGGCAGCAGGGAGAGAGAUGGGAAAUUAGCUUCUUGCUGCCAUCUCGCCUUGUUUUUGUUGCUGCUUGUAAGUAAUUUGCUUUCGUUUCAUUUUUCUUGGGGAUUUGUUUUGUGACCAUAAGUGGGAAAACAAGUUCUAGAUUCCAGCUAUGUUUUGUUCCUCCUCCCUGGGUACGAGUUCAUUAUGAUUGCGUUUCUGGAGGAGUCUCCAUGCAGGGCGUCCUUUGGAGAUUAUUGGCUGGGCGCUGGCAUGAGCUUCUGGGCCCAGAGGCCCCGGUGAGCCAGUCGCCCAGCUCUCCCACAGGCGAGAUCACAGCUCGGGAGGCUGCCACCCUUGAAGCCUUGAGUGGGGGUGAGAGGAGGCGAGGGGGUCGGGGGCAGCCGCUUGUGUUCCCUAAGAGGGAGAAGGCUGGCGCAGCAGCAGAGCCAUCCCUUUCCCAGAGAGCAUCUACAUGGCUGUGGGCGGAUGCAGCCAUUAUGUGAGUGUCUCCUGCAAAAGUCAGCAAUGCAUGCGCAGCACUUCCAGUAUGCAACCCCUGCGCAAGAGCCCACCUGUGCAACCUGCGCAAAACUGCCUGCGCUCUUGGGACGAAGAGUUAAACGUUGCUUCCACUCCCAGGACUGUGAAAUUCUGUGGUGUGCAUCAGUGUCCUGGCAUUUGCUAACGUAUUUAUGCUGAGGCAGACAGAGAGUCCAAGAGAACAAGCCUUGGGAUCACCCUUUCCCCUUCCUCCCCCUUCCCUUCUUCAUUUGUUUCAGAGGUUCUGCGGACGCUAAGAAGCUGGUUUAUUUUUGAAAGAAAUCUAUGCAAACUGCUUAAUGAAGUCUUGUUCUGUUCUUCGCUCUCUCUCUCUCUCUUUUCCUGGGCAGCACAGCUUGCGUGUAGAAGCCUAUUAAAACCCGUGAAAGGCUUUUCUUCCUGGAAGCUCUUGGUCUCCUCUCUGCAUCCAUGGGGAGCUUCCUCUGCUAUAGGGCUGCAGGAGCGGUGGGCGCAUAAAGGGACAUGGUGUUGGCAGAGAACUUCCUUCCUUUGGGUGACCAAGGGCCGGUUGCAGGGUUCCUUAAGCAGAGCAGGACCCCGGGUUCUGCUGAGAGAUGCCUGCGCCCUCCAGGAGCCCAUGGCUGGGGGUUCAUCCCUUGGCUCGUCCUCUGCCGGGCUGGCCCCUUGCGCUGGCCCCAAGCACGGCCCUUCUGGUGCGAGCCUCUCCCCCGCAGUCCUUCUGCUGUGGCACAUGGGAGCUCCAUUCUUGGCUGCUGCUGCUGUCAGACGCUGCCCCGCCUUUGUCCAGCUCCUUUCUUAAUGCCACCCGGCUAGUGGCUGCGACUGAACCUUCCGCCAGUCGGUGCCCUGAGCAAAUUGUGCCCCGCAUGGAAAGGCUAUUCGCUAGUUUUGUUGAAUGACCUCUCGGCCUGUUUCUCUUAGCAGGGUUGUUCUCUAUCCGUGAAGUUGCAUAAGCCUCUAUCCUGUCUCCUAUUUCCUUUUACUUACCUAAAAGUCGAACCUUCCCUGGAUUCCCUGAGUUGACACUUGUGGCAUACUUGCAUUUAGGUUUCUGGUGUCUGUUUCUUCCCUGCUCUUCUCAGCGCCUGCCUCGUCCAAGGAAGCCUAACUCUGCACUGAUUUUUACCUGAAACCUUUUUUUAAAAAGUCCCGCCUGCCGUCUGGGCAGCAUGUGGCUCCAGCUUGCUGCUAUCCUUGUUUACCUGGUUUGAUAUUUAAGGCUGUGCUAAAGAUGAAAAUAAAAGCACUGAAUGUUUUUAAA